CGAGAAUAAAAACAAAGAGACAUAUCACUAUAGCGCUUUGGGCUUAUUAUACAACUUAAUAGGUAGAAUCGACGAAGAAUACCUGUUGUUGAGACUACGCUUGAAGGAAGGUAUUCUCGCACAAGGUUACUCUUUACCGGAAAUUGUAAGAAACUCCAUGGUUGAAACUACUAGCGGCGAAAAGAAGAAACCUUCAUCUUCAAACACAGUGUUGUUUGCAUCCAAAUGGAUAGAAACUAUUCUUAAAUACAGAGUCCAACUCGUUGAAGUUUGUAAAGUGUCCUUUGAUUUGAAUCCAAUAGUGGAACAAACCAUCACUAUGGCCAUGCGUGAUUUCAUCAACGACAAAAAGAAGCGUAGUAAUAUUGAUGCGGUCAAUGCUCCCGAGAUGUUGUCUGUAUAUAUCGACUAUUUUAUCAAACAACUAAACAAAGGAUCUACUACUAAAGACAAUUCCUUAAAGUCAGGAGAUCAAGUUGAAGAUUUCACUAAUAAGUCAAUUCAGUUUUUGAAAUUUAUCAAGGAUAAAGAUGCAUUUGAGGCCAAUUAUGCUAAUCAUUUUGCUAAGCGUUUCUUGAAUUCCAAGACAUCAUUAACUAAUAUGAUCAAGGGUAUUGAUAUUGAAGAAUUAGUGCUUGGUAAGCUUUGUGAUGAAUUGGGAACGUCAUCUUUGAACAAGAUCAUUAAGAUGAACAAAGACAUUAAACUGUCUAAAGAUUUAACUCACGAGUGGAGAAAUUAUGUCAGCAAUCAAAAACAAUCUUUGAUUGACUUAGAUUUGAAGAUUUGUAAUGUUACUGACUGGCCAAAAUCCAUGACCAAAGAUUAUAAAUGGUUUUCUAAACAAGAAAAUGAAGCCACUCCAUUCAUAUGGCCACGACAAUUGCGGAAUACCAUGAGAGAGUUUGAAGAGUAUUGGACCACAAACAAGAACAAUAACAACAAGUCCUUAUAUUGGAGUCCGAAGUUUGGAUCCAUGGAUAUGAGAAUCACAUAUCCUUCAAGAACGUAUGAGAUUAACAUGUCGACCUACGCCGGGAUCAUCAUGUUGCUAUUUGCCCCACAAUCUACCAACCCUGAUGGAAGCUUUGUUCUGGCUUUUGAAGAAAAGAAAGAAUUGACAUAUGAUGAAAUUGCUGAACUUACAGGAAUACCCGAGUUGGAAUUAAAGAGACACUUGCAAUCCAUUGCAGUUAAUCCAAAGCUGAGAUUAUUGAUCAAGGUGCCAAUGAGUAAAGAUGUCAACAACACUGAUGUGUUUAAACUUAAUGAGAAAUUCAAGUCUCCAUCAGUAAAAGUCAAGGUUCUCACGGUUUCUUCAUCCUCUUCCGCUUCAACUGCUAAAGUACCUGUGCGUACUGAACAACAAGAAGAAAGUGAAGAAGUGGAGAACAAUAUCUUGGAAGGAAGAAAGUUGCAAGUCAAUGCUGCAAUUGUAAGAAUCAUGAAAUCAAGGCAUCUGAUGAAACAUCAUGAAUUAGUGGAAGAAUUAAUCAAGCAGUUGGCUAGUCGAUUCCAACCCCUGAUGAUUCUAAUCAAACAAAGAAUUGAGGAUUUGAUUGACAAGGAAUACUUGACUCGUGAUGACUCCGAUAGAAAUGUGUACCAUUAUGUGGCAUAAGUAUUUGAUAAUGACCAUAUGAAUAUUUAUAGUUGUAUUUAGGCAAUAAAUAUAAAUUCAAGAG